CAAAAUGGCGGAUUUAUUUUAACUUUGAUUCUUCGACUCUUCUUGUUUGGAAAAUUUUACAAGGUUUUUAGAUAAAAAUGACUCGUUUUGCGCGAAUGUCGAAGAAAAAAUACCUCGAGGCGUCAUCAUGGGAAGAACUAUCUCAGCAACAACAAGCUCAGCAAAAUGWGACAACCAAUGAUGAACAGCAAAAGCCAGAUGAUGAUUGUUAUUCAGAGAGCAAGAAAAGGAAGAAAAAAUUGAAGAAACAAAACCUUGAAACUCAAGACACACAUUCAGAUGAGCCUAACGAUGAUGAACUGGGAAAACCAGAUGAUAAUUGUAAUCCAGAGAGCAAGAAAAAGAAGAAAAAAUUAAAGAAACGAAACCUUGAAACUGAAGACACACAUUCAGAUGAGCCUGUCUCAACUCCUAAGAAACAGAAGAUAAGUGAUUCAGAUGCAUCAGACUCAAAAACUGGAAAAAAGAAAAAGAAAGAAAAGUUUCUCCUUAAAGAUGCAGAAAAGAAAAUUACAAAAGACACUUUAAAAGACAACACAAAGAGUAAUGAGGGUCAAGGCAAGAAAGUGAAAUGCUUCAGUUUACACAAGCAAGAGAAGCUUGAAAAACAAAGAGAAGCAAGAAGACRGCGAAGGGCUAAGAGAAAGGGUAUUACGUGCUUUCAUUGUCGACAACUUGGUCACCUGGCAGCAGAAUGUCCACAAAUGAAUCAAGAAGGGACUGGGAUUGGUGUGUGUUAUAAGUGUGGAUCUUCUGAUCACACUACUAAAAACUGUAAACAGAAGGACACUGCUGAAAAAGAUGGUAAUUCUUUCCCAUUUGCAAAAUGUUUUAUUUGUGGAGAAAUUGGUCACUUAUCUAGUGGAUGUCCAGACAAUCCUAAAGGACUGUACCCUAAAGGAGGUGGUUGUAAUAUUUGUGGUUCUGUUGAACACCUUAAAAGAGACUGUCCUGAGGCAACCAAGUCUAGACAAAAAGAUGGAAAUGUGAAAGUAAAAAGUACGAUCAAUUCUUUGCAAAAAUCAAAGUAUACAAGUGCAGAUGCAGAAGUCCAUUCUGAUGAUGAAAAACCACGUCUUCAUAAAAAAUAUCAUAAAAAGAAUAAAAUCGUAAAAUUUUGAUACUUGAUAGGAAUUUUAAUAUGAGUUGUAUACUGGUCUAUUCUAUUGUUAUCAAUAGUAAAAGCUAUUUUGAAUAGGAA